UAGCCUGUGCUAUACGGCUUCCUCGCGCGACUUCGCAACUGCGACCGCAUAGCUUGCAACUGUGAAAAAAUAUACAUAAAUAAUCAGGUUCUCUGUGUGUGGCCAAAUUACACAUACGCGUUAUAUAUAUAUAUAUAUAUAUAUCGCUAAAAAAGACUGUCAGUCGCUGUACUAACGACGACGAUUGUUACUCCGAUCUGACGAAACGAAAUCGACGAGCGAAAAUGACGUACCACGCGUUUCUCGUAAAAAACAUGUCCCGCCCGCAAGCCUGACGCUUGUGCUAUGAGAUAUAGAAAAAAUAUGGAAACACAUUCAGGAAAACGCCAUUUGGCAGAAAAGAUUAACUCAGUGACAAAGUAUCCAAAGUUUGAAAUCGACAAAAUGUUUUGUUGGGGCAGUACCAUUCAUGGAGAAUUGGGGCUGGGUGGUAUUGAGGAUGAAAAUAUAUUUACUCCUCGUGAAGUAAAUUUUGAGAAGGCUAACGAAAUUGAGCAAAUUGCUUGUGGAGAUAAUUAUACUAUAGCUGUUACCAAGGAAGGCCAAGUAUAUUCCUGUGGUAACAACGAUCAUGGACAACUCGGUCAAGAAAAAGGGAGGAAAAGACUACAACUAAUAAGUGGUAUAGAUCCACUUGCAUUUAGAAAAGCAGCGUGUGGAUCUAGUCAUACUUUGGUUGUAAACGAAUGGGGACAACUUUUCAGUUGGGGUAGUAAUGUGGAAGGUCAGCUAGGCUUAGAUCGCGUCAGUGCUACAAUACGUGAACCACGUAUGGUGAAGACAUUGGGUACAAAGAUAAUUGUGCAAAUCGCGUGUGGUUUGAAGCAUUCGAUCGCCCUUACGAAUAAUGGAGAGCUGUACGCAUGGGGCAGUAACAGUGAUGGGCAAUUAGGACUAGGAUCUGACACAAAAAUGGAACUCAAACCCAAGCUAGUUCAUAGUUUAGCUGCUGUACCGAUUGCAUUUGUGGCAUGUGGGGGAUAUCAUACUAUAGUCAUAUCGAAAUCUGGAGCAGUAUUCGCAUGGGGCCGAAAUACUUUUGGACAAUUGGGAUUGAGCGAUAUACAAAAUAGAAAUGUGCCAUGUCAAUUGCGUACUCUGAGAAACUCUAGAGUAUGCUACGCAGCAUGUGGUGAAGAGUUUUCCGUAUUCCUGACGAUGGAUGGUGGAGUGUUCACUUGCGGUGCUGGGAUGUAUGGCCAAUUGGGUCAUGGAAACAAAACAAGUGAAAUUUUGCCGCGACAAAUAAUGGAACUGAUGGGCAGUACGGUGACCCAGAUAUCCUGCGGGAGAAGGCACACAUUGGCUUUGGUACCAUCUAGAGGCAGAGUUUAUGCGUGGGGUCUAGGUGGUGCCGGACAAUUGGGUAACCGUAUCGCCCAGAAUUCUACAACACCACAAGUUGUAUUUGGACCAUGGGUCUCUCCGAGCGGAUCUUCAAUGAUAAACCACGACUCACAUGACAGUCCUAAACCAACUGAUUGCGUUGUUAAACAUAUUUUUAGCGGUGGUGAUCACUGUUUCGCUAUAGUCACCUUGAGAGAAGAUAAUAUAGAACCAGAUGACUGUAGAAUAUUAGGGUCAACCUCCCAAAUUCUUACAGUGACGGAGGAACAACUAGCUGCCUGUCAAAGAGUUCCAGCUGAAUCAUUGGUUGAUCAUGAAUUAAUUACGUAUUUAGAGACUGUGUUCAGAAGUCAAGCAUGUAUAAAUGGAUCUUUCUUGCGCGCUAAUGACGCGCAUUACGGAUGUUCGAGGAAACAUCACGGUGUGGACAUUGAUAGUGCGAUUAAAUUAUACGCAAUUAUUUCAAAAUUAGAAAACAAAACGAUCCAAGAAUUGAUUUUUACAUGUAUAACCGAUAGUCUUUUACCGUCGUUAGCAACAUCUCCGCCCGACGUAGAGUCCCUAAGAGUGUACUUAACGUUGCCACUGUAUCACGGAUUCGUGGACCCAAUAAACCACAACAGUCUGCAGAAACCAUUUUCCCAGGCCGUGUUGACUCUAAAGCCGGAGGCUUGCAAAAUUGUAAACAUAUGGUGGAACAAUGCUCCGGCGCAUUACUUUGAGAGACUAGUGAGGAUUUACAAGUAUGUCGUAUUACACUUCGUGAAGCAAUCGACAGCGGACAAGAGUGUCCCGUGGAAUCCAAGCCUAAAGUGUGCCCUAGAAUUAUUACGGUUAUUAUAUAAACUAAAUUUCGCAGACGAUGCUAUGCGAGUAUCUUACGAAACUUUUCAUUUGCCGAAUCUGAUGCAGUUUAUAGAUAUCAGAACUGAGUAUCUUAGGUGGCUAAUGGAAGAUUCCUCACCUAAUUAUCCCAGAAUAUACUUUUGCAAUUAUCCUUUCCUUUUCGAUGCCGAGGCGAAAACUGUAUUAUUGGAAACGGAUCAAGCUGUACAGAUGCAAUCCGCGAUGAAUGAAGCAGCAUCGAGAGCCAUCAGACAUAUAUUAUUUCAUAUAAACACGGGAAGUGUAGACGCUCGGCAGCAUAAUCAAUUUGUGACGUUGAACGUAUCACGAGAGAAUAUAGUCACGGAUACUUUAACACAAUUAUCGCAAUAUGAUCCUUAUGAUUUGAAGAAACCGCUCAGAAUCAAAUUUCACGAUGAGGAGGCUGAAGACGCAGGCGGGGUGAAGAAGGAAUUUUUCAUGCUCCUGUUGCGAGAAGUACUCGAUCCCAAGUACGGUAUGUUUAAACAAUAUGAAGAAACGAGAACAAUCUGGUUUAUCGAAGACUCGUUUGAGGAUGAAGUCAUGUAUUUCCUAAUCGGUCUUCUCUGUGGUUUGGCUAUUUAUAAUUUCAUCAUUAUCAAUUUACCGUUCCCGUUGGCCUUGUAUAAAAAGUUGUUAGGAGAAUCAGUUGGAUUGAACGACGUCAAGGAUUUAUCACCAGUAAUUGCAAAAAGUAUGCAGAGUAUUCUCGACUACAACGAAUUGGAUUUCGAAGACGUGUUCAGUUUGAACUUCGAAGUGAAUCGAGAGGCAUUCGGCGAACAGAAAACCUUCGAAUUGAUACCCGGCGGUAGCAAAGUUCCUGUAACGUUAAAAAAUAAGAAGCAAUUCGUCGACCUUUAUGUCGACUAUAUACUAAACAGAUCCGUGGAAUCUCAUUUCAAAGCGUUUUAUGAAGGUUUCCACAGAGUGUGCGGUGGCAGAGUAUUAGAGCUCUUCCACAGUCAGGAACUGAUGUCUGUGGUAGUUGGUAAUGAAAAUUACGAUUGGGAACAAUUGCAGAAAAAUACGACUUAUAAGGAGGGCUAUUCCGAAAACAACCCCACUGUCGUUCUCUUUUGGCAGGUCUUUCAUGAACUGACGUUAGAAGAGAAGAAAAGAUUCUUGCUCUUUUUAACGGGCAGUGACCGAAUACCUAUACAGGGCAUGAAGGCUAUCAGGAUAACGAUACAGCCAAUGAACGACGAACGCUUCCUUCCUGUUGCACAUACAUGUUUUAAUUUGCUCGAUUUGCCGCGUUAUCAAACGCGCGAGAGAUUAAAAUACAAAUUGUUACAAGCUAUCCAACAGACUCAAGGAUUUUCGCUCGUGUGAAAGUUAAUUACAGCAUAACAACACCUUUUUUGUAACUCACAAUCAUUGGAGUGUCAUCACUGAGAGACUAAUUUAUUCGCGUAUGAAUACAGUGUGAAAAUCGAAUUAUAUAAAGGAAUCGAAUUGUAUGAAGGAGAAUGUGAUAUUUACAAGAAAAAAAAAAAAGGAGAAAGUAAAAGAGAAAAUAGCAAAUCUCGUUACCGUUAUUACAGACGCAUGCCUAAAUAAGCAAAGUCACUUGAUCAGUGAUUGAAUGAAUAAUGUUAUGUACGAGCAUACAAAGAAGUGAAUGAAAAUAUACAAAAUAUCGACAUCUA